CGUAUAUGUACCAUAAUAUAUACAGAUGUACAUAUUUACUUUUUUUAAUGUUUGUUUGUGUGUUAGUUGUGACGGUGCAAGAGAAAACUUGAAACUCGCUUGAUGCAUAAACCUUGCUAACGAUUUUAAUGCGUAUUUGUGAUUUUGGAAAUAGUUGACCAAAAAUAUAGGCGAAAAUAAAGUUUUUUUCUCCCUACGUCACCAAUAAAAAUCAUUCCAAGCAAAAGCAAGCAUCGAGUUAUUUGUGCGUGUGCGCGAGCAUAUACAUAUGUAUGUGUGUAUGUAUGUCCGUAUAUGAAUGUGUAUAUCGAAGGUGGUAAAAAUACACACACACACACUCAUACAUACAAUCAUUACAUUGUUUGAGGGUCGGUUGGUCGGUCGGUCGGUCGGUCGGUCUGCUGGUCGGUUGGUCGGUCGGCAGCUUUAGCUAAAAAAAAAUAAUAAUAAUAAUAAACAAAGGCACCCAAAUUUCUAAUAAGAACGCCAGCAGAAGCAGCAGCAGCAGCAGCUACACCUGCGAAAAGCGCAAAUCAAAUCAGCUGUGCUGCGCACCCCCCUCUUGUGCAACACUUGCCAUUACGUUAUGUUACGUGUGUGUAAUUCGGUAUAAUUUGAAUAUUUGUUGUUCAAAUGUGCGCUGCACUCCACCAAUAAAUUACCGUGCUCGUUGCUCGGCUAAGGUCAGAAAGAAAUUGAACGAAAACAUUAGCAGGCGCAGCAGCAGCAGCAGAAGUAGCAAUCGCAGCAGUCAGGAGAAGCAGAAGCAUGUCGUCGACAUCGUCCAUUGACACGCCAACAACACCAACUGCUUCAGCUUCGCCAGAGCAGCGCUACCAUCAGCAACAUCAACACACCACCACAGCGAUUGUGGCUUGUACUGGUGGAGCACCAAAGCCACCGCCACCGCCGUUGAUGCAGCAGCCGGCUGUGAAGCGUACACGCUCAGCAUCCUCGAGCACCUCGUCGGCCUCGUCCACAGCUUCGUUUGCCGCUGCCGCUGUCUCGCCACCGAAACCAGUGGCCAAAAACAUCACCACAAUCACGGCCACAACCCAUGCACUGCUCACGCCCUCAUCCUCGACAUCAUCCACGGGCGUCGCUGCCACUGUAGCGGCCGUUCACCAUCAUCAUCAAAAUCAACAACAACACCAACAACAACAACAACAUCAUCACCAGCAGGCGGAACAGCGUCAAUCGCAGCUUCAGCAGGCCUUGGCGCGAUCCAAUACAACACCAUUCUCGUCGUCAUCAGCCAUGAUGCGACGCCUGGGUGAACAGAAGCCGGUGCAGGCAUCAUUAUCGUCGUCCUCAACGACCUCGGCUGCUUCAGCGGGCUCAUCGUCGUCAUUGGCGAUGGCGAUGGCGGUUGCCUCGACGUCAAAUGCCAAAGCCAACGGAAGCGCUGGCGUUACCAGUGGGGGCCUCCUAGCACCAGUGAUUACGCAGAAGAUGUCGCGGACUAUACCGUCCGAUAAGAUCAACUUACGUUUAAUACUUGUUAGUGGCAAAACAAAAGAAUUCCUAUUUAAUCCAUCGGAUUCAGCGGGUGAUAUCGCACAAACAGUAUUCGAUAACUGGCCAGAAGAUUGGGAACACGAAUCUGUCUCAAAGGCCGAAAUCUUACGAUUAAUCUAUCAGGGCCGCUUUCUGCAUUGCAAUGUAACUUUGGGUGCACUGGGACUUCCAUUGGGCAAAACGACUGUUAUGCAUUUAGUGCCGCGUGAUAAUUUGCCAGAACCCAAUUCUCAAGAUCAAAGGCAGAAGAGCAAAGGCGGCUCCGGGCGUUGCUGUUCAACGACAUGCUGUAUUUUGUAACUAAAUAGGCGCCUAGCUAUACUUACACUUAACUUUAACAACAAGCCGAUAUAUAGCAGCAAAAAGGAAAUAAUCUAUUGGGUGUUGUUUGUUUAACUGCGCCUUAAUCUUACACACAACAACAACAGCAACAAAUUCUAUGCAGAAAUAUAUAACUAUAUAUAGUAUAUGUAUAUUAUAUAUAUAUAUAGAUACGGCUGAUGGAACGGUUGGAUUCUGUGUGUUUGUGGCGAGCGCGCAUUCGAUGAUUUCUUUUCCGUUGUUUUUUUUUUUUUUGAUUUGUUAAAUGAACGCAUAACAAUGAAAGCAUAUUGUAAUACCAAAAAAAAAUGUAACCCGAUAAUAUUUUUGAACUCAAAUUGUAAGUUUACAUCUACAUUGAAGCAGAAUUAAUGUAUUGUAAUCGUAUUUAAUGAUGAAAGCAACCAACAACAGCAAUAAGAGCAGCAACCAACAGCCAACCGAACACAACUACUCGUAAAUAAGUAGCUUGGCUUUCAUUGAAAAACCUUUUAUGGAUAGGGCACAAUAGAUCCUACAGAAAUACAGAACGUAAUUCGGCAAAAAAAAAGGAAUAUAAAUUUACAGAUGAGAUGAAAAACACAAACAAAAUAAUAUAAAUAUAUAUAGCCGGUGCUAUCAAAAGUAAAAUUAAUGACAGAUUUAAGUAAUAACAAGCCCUCGCCCUUCCCCUAGCGCACAUCUAAUGAUGGCGCGAUUAAAAUGUAUCUUGUGCAAUGAUAUAUUAUAUAUGAUAUAUAUUAUAAAUGUAAAUAUGUAUGUGCGAACGUGCUUUUUUCAAAGCAUUCGCUUUAUUGUGUAUGAAUGUAUGUGUAUAAAUGCCGAUUAUUGCAAUCCUUUGUAUAGCUGUAGGACCAAUAGGGGCACGCCUACUACCUACUAUCAAAAAAUAUGGACAAAUAUGGACAGCUGUCCAUCAGCAGCAGCAGGCGCACUUCGAGGGGCGUCCUACGAACUCACUGUUAGCCACAGCUUAAUUGACACUUGUUAGUUUUCGUUUAAAGUUGGUCGAUUGUUGUGCCACACACACACACACACACACACGAAAUGAAGAAGUAGGAGAAUGGAGGGGAAGGGGCGCGCAUAAUAAGCAUCUCGUACAAACAAAAAUAUAGUUUCAAUCCAUAUGAUAACAAUGGCCAAUCAAAAAAAAAAAAAAGAAAAGAUCAUCCGCUCAUCCAACCAUCGAGUAUUAAGCAUAAAACCCAAACCAACUCGAUCCGAUCCUACUUCUAAUACCAAUAUCCCAGUAGAAAUCACCUUUCUCCGUCUGCUUAAUACUCUAAACCAUAGCAUAUAACUUAAGUUACUUGCCCGUUGUUUAACGCCGACAGAGAGAUACGGAGAUAUAAAGAUACAGAUAUUCAACACUUUUCAAUUUAUGAAUGUUUUUUGGGAGGGAAUGUGUAUGGAAUUUUAAUAUAAAUGAAACUCUAAUUUUGAUCUUAUUUUAUUAAUUAAUUAAUUAAAUUAAUCGAUAAAGUAAAAAAUAUGCAAAUCAAAGCUGUAGAUAAUUUCGUUGUUAAAGAAUUUAAAUACAUCUACAUUUAAAAAAAAACAAAAAAAAAAAAACAAAACAUUGCAAUGCAUAGUAUUAUUAUUAUUAUUAUUAGUAAAUGUUUCAACUGAGCAAGACACCUACAUAUCGUAGGUCUCGGAGUAAAGGCCGUCUAUCUUACUUACUAUAUUAUUAUUUUACAGGAAAAUAGAAAAGCAUAAAAACAAAAAAGAAAAGCGAAACGUUAUUAAACGAAACUUUAUGCAAACAUA